GUCUGCCUACCUCGGAGGCAGCCCGGAAUCGAGGCGAGGAGCAGAGACGCAGGUCUCUUGUGCAUUCACGCAUAGCCUUACCAACUCUGGAAUGAGCCUCGAUGCAUCAGCUCAGUAUAUAUCUAUCAUUAGUCAAGCGUGAGCGGGAAGUGUCCCAUUCCUGGUGUCCUUCUAUUCUCUCGCGUCUGUUAUAAAGGUGUGGGUCCGAGAGGCCAGACCUGCCGACUUGCUCGGCUGCCACUACGACUCGGAUGGCCGUCGUCUCUGUCCUACGCGUGAACCUUGCCCUGACUUGCGUCGAAAGCGCGCUCUUUGGCAUCUUUUUCGUGUUAGCGAUAACGUCCCUGGCGGUGCUGAUUGCACGUCACGGGAGGCCCCCCCUUACCACCUCUCCGUCGCUCUCUUUCGGCCAUGCUCUGAGGUCUCCACUACUGCUUGGGACCAUUCUACUGCUAAUCACAGUCAGCGGGCAUUGGUGCGCAACGGUGCUGCGGCUCUUCCAAGCGCUGUUGGUGUACGACAACGGGCAACAUCCUGAACAGUACUAUCUCAUCGUAGAGGCAAUUCCUCAUGUCGUGGCGACCGCGUCUGUCAUCACCUCCGUGAUAGUGGGCGACAUCAUCUUGACAUACCGAGUCUGGGUUGUAUGGGAUAGGAAGCUCGCUAUGGUGAUUUUUCCCGCAAUGUGCAUUUGCGCGUACAUCGCUGCCGGAAUCUGCGUUGUCGAGCUAUUCGCAGCCUUCAAGACAGGGGAGAGUAUUUUUGCGCUUGCAUCUCAGCGCCGGGUGAUCACAACGGCAGCGUUGACGCUCUCGACGAAUAUAUAUGGCACAGGCUCCAUAGCAUAUCGUAUCUGGUCCACCAACAGAGCCCUGAAACACGAACGCAUGUUGGCACCAGCCUUAAGUCUUUCGGAAGCCCUGGUCAUAUUUGUAGAAAGCGCCGCGCUGUACACCUUCUGGAUCCUCUUCUUCCUCGUGUCCUACUGCGCAUCCUCCACUCUCGAGGCGUUCGCAUUCCACUGCAUACCCGCCGCGACCGGCAUCUCUUUCAUGCUCAUCAUCGUCCGCGUGGGCCUCGGGUUCUCAUGGUCGGAGAUCGAAAGUGCCAGGCUGGGCAUCGUGGAUCUAGCUUCGCUUUCGCGCAUGCAGGCGUGUCGCAGUCAGGAUGGCAACACUGGCACCGGGUACCCGCCGACGAUCAUCAACCUCAACGUGACAAGGACGGUGGAGACUCGAAUGGAGACGGACUUUGCGCUGCCUCAGGCGAGCGUGAAGAGGGAUGGAGGGUCGGAUAUUGGGAAGAAAUCAGGGGAGUGCGUAUGAGAGUUAGUAGAAGCUAAACGGUCUGUGGCUUAAGAAGUCAAGACAUAUGCU